GUUUUGAGUAUGUCUAGAGUUGUAUACCCCGUACAUAUGUAGGGCUCUGGAGAGGAUGGUUCAAAUUGAAGUCGCGUGCAGACCAGCAACCCAGGUCCCACUAGUGCUCCUGCCAUAUUAAGCUUAGCCCGGGAUUCGCCAGGUUCUCGGCCAGAGUCUCGGCUCUUCGUGGUCAACGGUCUUUUAUUUCCUUCGACGUUGUCUUCCUCGACCAGCAGCUCUCUCUUGCCAUCGUCAACGACUGCGACGCCAGUUUCUCGUCUUUAAUCCACCAUGCGUUGCUGCCCGGCGUCCGCAGCGCGCAUCCUCACGCUCUUUUCCCUCGUCGUCUUAGCAUCACAUUCUUUUACUCUUGUCAACGCCCAGUCCUCCCCCACCACUUCAGUUAAUAGCGAGACGGGGAUUCCUUCUCCUCCUAUAGUUGUACCGUCUCUUUCCUCAUCUCCUUCUUCUUUGCCUACCCCUUCUUCGUCUCCUCCUGCCACUCAGCCUUCUCAGAAGCCUUCUCCGGAGACAAUUGUACCACCAUCCACUUCUACUGUGACUUCUGACCCUCCUACACCUUCUUCGGCGAGUCCUACGUCCACUUCUGCUACUAUCACGUCGCAGUCUACACAGGAUAUUUUGAGCAGUAGCUCAUCCCUUGAGAGCUCUUCAUCUGCGUUAGUAUCCUCUAGCUCAUCCUCUUCGUCCUCCGGCAUCUCCACGGUAUCAAGUAGUUCUUCGAGCACAGCUGUCAUUACUCCUUCUCCCACACCGGCCCAGACAACAGGUCCUACCACUGCUUCAUACAGGCGUAUUUCAAGCACUCAUGCUCCAGGUGAACCCACCGAUCUCCCCGAGCCUACCGGUGCACUGUCAGAGGCCACAUCGAAGGGCUUCUUCAGCAAUAAGGGUGCCGUCGCCGGAACUUUCACUGUGGUCGCGAUCGUCGCUGUCGUCUUGGUGAUCGCUGUCAUCAUGAUGUUCAGGCGCCGUCUUGCCCGCAGACGCGAUGAGGAAGAUGAGGUUUACUUCGAGAAGUACCGGGAGCCUGAGCCUGAAGUUCGAAACGCUCACCCUCUCACUAAUCUCGGCGGUCUCGGACAAAGCGCUACCAAUCUCGCGUCUCAUGCUUCACCCGACUCAUAUCCUGAUCGCAACGUUCACUAUGGCCAUUCCCCUACCGGAGAUCAGGCAGCUUACGACUAUGAUAACCCGCAAGAGUACGGUAUGGAGUAUCCUCCUGGUACUGCCUAUGCCGCUGCUGUCACUCAUCCAGGUCAAUACCAAUACGGCGUUGGGCCUAAUCUUGCGGGCCAUGGCGCCGGAGCAUAUGACAGCAUCGGCGGAGGAAAUCAGUACGAGCACCAGGGCGGUCAAACCAGGACUUCACCAGGGCCGUUUGCUGACCCUGGCAACUCUGCCAGGCAUCCAGCCGCACCACCUGUAAACCAACCCUAUGCGGACGCGUACGACGCGUAUACGGCGCAUGAUGGGUAUGCUCAACCACGCUGAGAAAGAAACUAUCGACUGCAGCAAAAAAUAGGACGCUUUUUUGUGUGCGUAUAACGUGGAGAGCAGUGGGUCGCAUGCAUUAGUGGAUGUGUUGCCCCCGCCCUGUGAACUUUUUUUCAUGACUAUAUACCCUUAUCCUGCCGGCCUUGUUCCCUCAGUAUUCCCUUCUUACCCAUUUGUGUGUUUGUACAUCAUCGUCUUUCUUAUUUGUUGCACUCCCCAAUAUUGUCGAUGAUGAAGUGAACUUGUAAUCUGUCUUUCUCUGUCUUGAGUGACGAGAUGGAGAUGGAGGAUUCUGGUUCAUUUAGGUUACGUAUCUUGUUUGUUUCCAAGGUUCUUGGGUGUGUGUGUUAGUACGUAUAAUUAUUAUUACUGGUCAUGACUGUUUGUUUUGUAUCUUUGUGUCCUCGUUUACCUUCGAGAGAAAGAUAUAGCAAUUGUAAUGACUUCUUUCUACACAUGUUGUCGCAUACG